CAACAAACCAGUACAUGAAGUUGAGAGCUCAAUGUGAAGCCUUAUGCUGCUGUGGUUUUGGUAACUGAAGUAAUGCAGCAGGACCGCAGACUUCAGCAGAAGUUUGCCAAUGACAUACAAAAUAUGACAAACAUACAUGGCCGUCGAGCUGGAUCCUAUGGUGUCAGUAUUCGAGUUCAAGGGAUUGAUGGUCAUCCUUUUGUGGUGUUAAAUAACAGAGAUGGACAGAUACCAGCUGAGGGUUAUCCUGACACACUUCAGGAAGCCCCUAAGAUGUAUGGCAGUCUGAACACUAGUAAGAUGCAGGAAAAAAACAGUUAUGAAGGUCGACAUACAGAACCAUGUCGAUCACAGAAAAAAAUGCAAGUAAAUGUUUCACAAAAAACAACACUAAAUAAUGUAUUCCAGAAUGGUGUGUCAGAGCCUACAAAACAAUCCAGAAAAAAACCUGCACUAUUAAAUUUUCAGAAGCACCCUGAAUUACUACAGCCAUAUGAUCCUGAAAACAACGCACUUACUUUAACUAGCCCUGAAUCUAUUAAGUCAUCUGCUCAUAAAACUGAAGUAGGACACAAUUCUCUGAAUAAACUGGCAUCAUCCAGUCACAUUCAUAUUAAGCCAUGGGAUUCGGUGAAAAACAGCACAGAGGUAAACAGCCAGAAGCCUACAACACUUGAUGACCAAAGUAAAAAUGUAUUACAAACUUCUGUGGGCAAUUCUAUAAAAUCAACUAUGACUGCUGAUGGGCCUUCAAACGACAGUCAUGUCACAAAUCUGGAAGUCAGAAAGCAUAGACCAGAUGUACUUCCCCUACGUCGGCAGAAUUCAGCAGGACCACUACUUGAAAGAUCAGAGUCACAAAUAUCUUCAGACUCCACUCCAAACUCAAAGUCGUCCCCAUGGAAAUCUUGGCAGGAUGAUCAGGAUGAUCCUCUUUAUGCUGACAAUGUCAACCGUCAUAAGAAUAGAAGGUACAUUCCAUUUUUGCCGGGUACUGGUCGUGACAUUGACACUGAACCAAUUUCUGGAGUGGAACAACUGAUUGAUAAAUUUGAUGGAAAAGACCACUCUCAGAGAAGAGGCCGGUCUGCUAGAAAAAGAAUUGAUCCCGAGGAUCGUAAACGAUCUAGAAGUGUUGACAGUGCUUUGCCUUUUAGGAAUGAGGGCUAUUCUGAUUAUUUUGGAAAGUUCAGUAAAAACACAGGUGCGUCAAAUGAACCUUUACUAAGGCCAUCCCAGCUUCGUCUUCAGAAGUCUGUUCCUCCGGGUAAUCAGGUGUCUCUUUCAAAUGAUAAGAAACCUGUUCAUCAUACUGUUUCUACAGACAGCAUCAAGAAAUUUCAGGAUCAGCAAAAGGAGAGUCGACCUGAUUCAAAGUCUUCAUGGUCUGUCAGCAAACGUUCAUUAAAUGAAGCAUCAGUUUCAAAUGGUAGUAAAAAUCUGAUGUUAAACUCCUCUUCAUUCACAACAAAUGGCAAAACAUCAGAAGACAAACUAGAGACGGUGACAUCAACCUUGCGGUUGCAAUCUGGUGUGAAGGUGCCGUCUUUCAGCAGUAGAAAGAACUCCAUUAAAGCUUCCGAUUCUGUUGAUGGUGAGCAGGUUACACCUGAUUUGCUGAAAGGCCAGCAAGAAAUUUCUCAGCAAACAAGUGAGGAAACGGCAAAGCAGAUACUAUACAAUUACCUCAUGCAAGGAAGUAAAGAUAGUGAUGAUGCAACCAGGAGGAAGGUCAACCUGGUGUUUGAAAAAAUUCAGACAUUAAAGUCUAGAGCUGCAGGGGAUCCACAAAUCACUAACAAAUCUCCAGACUCAUCAGAUGAAGUUAGAGCUCUGCUUGAACAGAAACAUGCACUUGAGAAGAAAGUUUCUGAUCUCCAGAAACAACUGGGUGAGCAAACAAAGAAUCAAGAAAGUGCCAAAGAAGCUGAAGAGAAAACAAGGGUGAACUUGAAAGAUGUACAAAACCAGCUGAAUAAUUCCAGUGAGGAAAAUAAUGAUUUGCGUCAGCGUUUAAUUAAAAGUGAAAAGGAUCUCCGAAACAACCUGGAAGAACUGUUUCAGGUAAAGAUGGAGAGAGAGCAGUACCAGACAGAAAUAAGGGAUCUUCAGGAUCAGCUCUCGGAAAUGCAUGAUGAACUUGAUCAAGCGAAAAAGCCAGGAAACCAUGACGGAGAACAAGAACUUUUACUAGAGGAGCUCUUACAGAUGAAACAAGAACUUGAAGAGAUACUACUAGCUAAGGAAGAGCAAGAAGAUAUUCUAAGGAGGCGGGAACGUGAGCUUACAGCUCUGAAAGGGGCAUUAAAAGAAGAAGUCUCCAGUCAUGACCGUGAAGUUGAUAGCCUUAGAGAUAAUUAUGAAAAGGAGCUGGAGAAACUGAGAAAAAAAGCAGAAGAAGCAAUACUGAACUGCAUGGCCAUGGAAAAUGACAAGAACAUAAUGGAGCAGUCGAAAGAUGCCUCUGAAAAGCAGGUAAAGGAGCUUGUAGGAGACAAGGAACUGAUGAAAAGGAAGAUCCGAGAGCUUGAAGCAGAAGUUGCAAGACUUAAUGAAGUCAUUAGUGACAUGAAAAAGGAGGAAGAAAAAAUGAAGUCGAGGAUAAAGCAGCUCGAGAAAGAGAGACGGCAGUUAGAAGAUGCCUUGCGGGAAGCUGAUAGCCAAGAAGAAGAGAUGAUGUUGGCAAAACGAGCACUGGAAAACCAGCUGGAGGAAGUGCAGAGAAAUCUUAAUAAGACAAUUCAAGAUCGCCAAGAAAUGAUGGAAAGCCUGCAAGUGGAGAAAAUGCAGAGGGAACAGCUAAAGAAAGCAAGGAAUGAAAUUGAAAAUGAAUACAGACAACAAGACAAAAUCAUUGAGAAGCUUAAAAAGGAGAUGGCAGAUGUUAUUGAAAGCUCUCGCAAGUCAAACCUGGAACACCAGACCCAGCUUGAUGAAUACAAGGAGAGAUCCCGCAAGGAGAUUCCAGAUCUGCAGAGGCAACUGAAAGAGAAAAGUAUGGAGGCUGAGAAGUCUUACCUAGUGACUAAGAAACUACAGGAGGAGUUACGCCAGAGUGAAAAUAAGAUGCACAAUUGCUUGCAAGAACGAGAUGAUGCUGUCUUAAAAUGUCAGCAUCUGGAAAUGCGACUAAAAGAUGUGGAGCUUGAGCUUCAGAGCAAAAGCCAGCACAAGGACGAUCGUACACGGCAGCUCAAACAAAUGGAGGACAAAAUAGCCCAGCUAGAAAUGGAACUUGAUGAAGAACAAAGUAAUGCCGACCUUCUAGAUGAAAGACUCACCCGGAGCAGAGAACAGCUAGAACAGAUGAGGAGUGAACUUGUGCAAGAAAAAGCUCUAAGACAGGACCUGGAGUGUGACAAGAUCUCCUUGGAGAGACAGAACAAAGAUUUGAAGAGUCGUAUUUUGCAUCUUGAAAGCUCACAGAGGUCCAACAAGGAAGGCCUUGUAUCACAGCUUGAGCUUCGAAUACAAGAACUGGAAGAACGCCUGGAGAAUGAAGAAAGGGAUCGAGCUAACCUCCAGCUUACCAACAGGCGACUCGAGAGGAGAGUGAAAGAGUUGGUGAUGCAAGUAGAUGAUGAACAUAUCUCAUUAACGGACCAAAAAGAGCAGCUCGCCUUGCGUCUGAAGUCAUUGAAACGUCAAAUGGAUGAAGCAGAGGAAGAAAUCGACAAACUAGAAAAUGCUAAAAAGAAGCUACAGAGAGAACUGGAGGAACAGCUGGAAAUUAAUGACCAGCUGCAAGGACAGCUGAGCACCUUAAGGAAGGACCUAAGGCGUCAGAACUCUUCAACAAAAAUUCUUAACUUGGAUAAUGAUGAAGAUGAUGAUUACACUACUGAUGAAGAGAGUCUCUGUGAUGCUGCAGUUUAUCGAUUACAUAAGGAUGUACAUAGCUUAAGUUUUUCUUAGUCUCUGUAUAAGAGCUGGAAAUGAAGUGCAAAUGUUAUAAGAACCUUGUACCUCAAGGUGUAUACAACACCAAUUGAAGGGUUGUGCCAAAGCACUUUUUUUGCCAGUUCUGAAGGAUCCAUGACUGCAUGAGAGUGCUAUACCUGUUACUUUUCGUGGUACUGAUGCAGUGACUAAAUGCUAUAGAUGUCAGUGGACGAACUGUAGUUAUUACCUUUUAUAUGGACUGAAAAGUAUGCUAUCUUAAAUGUUUAAACCAUAUUUUUUAACUUGUAUUUAUCCCUUCCAGUUUUAUUCAGAAGGUUAAGAUAUAACUACUAAAUGGUAGCUUUUAUGUGAAAAAAUAUAGUCAGGCUUUUCUUAAGUUGCAUUUUGUACAUCUUCAAGGUGUGUGUCUAUACAAAUGAAGUCCUGGCACAAUUCUGAGAAUUGUCAACAGUGUAUGAAGGUUAUGCAUUUAUGUACAUAGAGAGGCUGUUCGGAAACAUAUUUGCGGAAGGUUUGAAAUGAAGGAAAGUCCAUCUACUAGGUUUCAGUUGAGAUGGACAAAGCACCAUAUGUAGAAAAAAAGGUUUCAUUUGUUAAUAAUAAUAAAAAAAGAUGAUGAAUCUCAUACAAAGAGCAUAACAAAAAGUUGAAAGAGAGCAAGUUGAGAGCUCAUUGUUUCUACGUUAUGCACAUUCAAUGAUUUACUUUGAUAAAAUAAUAUGAUAACUCUGAAUAAUCUUUUCUAAGUUCUCUGUCAUCUAAACCUUUAAGAUUAGGCACAAGCUGACUUAAGGAUAAAGACGUGAUCCUGAACCAUAAGGAGGUAUGUGCCCACCAGCUAAGCAAUGCAGUUUUCUUUUACUGAUUUAUUUUUAAUUCUGACGGAGUUUAACCUCCUAUUUUCAGUACAACGUUUGUGUCAUACAUAUUAGUUACAGGAAAACAUGCACUUUACUUCUAUAAUUUUGUAAAGUGGUUUCACAUAGAAAACUAUAGUUACUGGAAAAAAAAAACUCUUCAGUUAGGUAAAUAGCAGUUAAGAAUAUGGAUUGGAAUAAGUGUGUCUGAGGGGAGCACAGCUGUAUGCCAUCUGGCAGGAAUUAUCUACAUUGUAUUGUUGGUGGUAUGAUGUAGUGUAAUCGCAGCAGGGAAGGUACAAUGCCACUUUGCUGUAUUACCAUUUCUUAUAUCAUAUAUUUCCUAUGAUUUUUUUCUUUAAUUUUCUCUUUCUAUCCUUAGAUGUGGUGUGUUGCUUUAAAAAAUCUGGGAAAGAAAGUUGAAGAGAACUUGAAGAAAAUUUAUUAAAAUGCAUAAGGGAAAUUGAGCUGAAGAGUAAAGGCUAUUUUGAGAUUCCUAAAAUUCUAGAAUGUCAGUCACUAGCUUGCAUUAAAAUGGAAUUACAUUUUCACAUUCUGUUGCAUCUUCUGUUGUCUCUGUUUUUGUUUGCUUACGUUUCAGUAG